UUUUGUAUGGAGCUGAACCAGCCAACGCUGCCAAACAUCCGCAAGUGGAAGGGCCCUAGAGGAUGUUGGAAGGGUGUUGUUUCCGAAAAACCCUCAGGCCAGCUACACAAGGGAGUUGAAUAUUCUGGCUUCCUCUGGGAUACAACAGCUGGCAUUGAGCUGAAAGAUGCCUCAUCUCAGGAGAGCGCACAAUCUAAUGGCAACGGGAGGCACUCAUAUCCUCACCCGUAUCUUGCACAUUUCAAGGUUGGAAUGAAUGAUCUAACGGUGGUUAACCUUCACCUGGCCUUGCCAUCCUCAGCGGGAGAGAAUACCGGGAAGAACCACGACAGCCACAAACUGGCAGCCUGUGCGCAGAGUUUGCAGGAGACUCUGAAAGGAGAAAAAGAUGUAAUCAUCCUCGGAGAUUUUAACCAGGCCCCAGACAGCAGUGACCAUGACAUCCUGAGGAAGGAGAAGUUCCAUCACCUGGUCCCUUCCAGCACCUUCACUAACAUCAGCACAAAGAACCCACAAGGGUCCAAGUCGCUGGACAACAUCUGGAUCAGUCGGAGCUUGAAAAAGGUUUUCACAGGUCACUGGGCUGUUGUGAGAGAAGGGCUUACAAACCCAUGGAUCCCCGAUAACUGGUCCUGGGGCGGGGUGGCUUCAGACCACUGCCCAGUGCUCGCUGAAUUUUACCUGGAAAAGGACUGGAACAGGAAGGAGGUGACACGGAAUGGGAAUGGGGUGACGGUUGAACGGAACGACUCCCACACUAAGCACGAACGAUGACGUGAACUUGAGGGUGCUUCUUCUGCUACCCAGGGAGCAGUCAAAAGCUCUGGUCAUUCGCGGCUCUGUGGCAGAGCAGGACUGGCUUUCCCUCUCCCUCCUUCCUGCGUUCCUCCCUGCGCUUAGAAAGCAUCAGCACUUGUUUUUGGUGGGCCUGGCUCUGUGCCCCUCCUGGACAAUUGUGGACAGUGUCUCAUGGCAGCAAUCUGCAACUUUUUCUGGGGACACAGUGGACAUUUCCACAUCUGGAGAUUUGGAUGAGAAUUGUACAGAAAAUAAAGUGUACUUUUAAUACUGUA